AUGCCCAGCACCACCUCCGUCGUCAUUCUUUCUCUACUCGCUGCCACAACCUUCGCCGCCCCUGCACCUACCGCCCAUGCCACACGCUCGAUCCCCCAGCCAGAUGAUAGCCUAGACGUCUAUGCCCGAGAUAUCGCACAGAGCAACGAAGGAGAGCUCGAGGAGCGAUUCUUUUUCCUUGCUCCACUCAUCGCUCAAGGCGUUCGGGCCGGCGUUCAAGCAGGUAUCCGCGCAGGUGUCAGGAAGGGUGCACAAGCCGCCGCCAAGAAGGGCGCAUCGCACGCUGCCAAAAACGCCAAUAACAACAAUAAUAACAACAAGAAACACAAGCGUGAUCUUGAGGAGGACGAUCUCGACCUCUACAUGCGCCAGCUAAUCGAGGCCGAUAGUGAGCUGGACGAGCGUUUCUUCUUCCUCGCUCCACUCAUCGCCCAAGGUGUUCGUGCAGGCGUACAAGCCGGCAUCCGUGCUGGUGUUAAGAAAGGUGCAGAAGCCGCUGCUAAGAAAGGUGCAUCACACGCUGCCAAGAAUGCGAACAAUAACAACAAUAACAAUAACAACAAGAAACACAAACGCGAUCUUGGGGAUCAGGAUGACUACGAGAUCGCAGUACGCAGCAUGCCGGAGGACGAGCUGGAGUGGGACGUGGCCGCACGUGAAGUUCACGACCUGGACAUGCUCGACUAA